AUGGCUACUCAAGCUGGCGCAGACGAUCCUCUUGUUUCCGCCUUGCCGCCGGCCACCGAUUACAUGACUUACCUGACGUUGUUGGAGUAUCAACUGACACCUCACAACCUUCCCACACUGAGCAGACUUCUCAGCGACGAUGAUGGCAAGCUUGCCGAAGAAAUCGGUUGGGAUCUGUUGAAACUUCUCCUUCCUAUGUUGAAAGAUACCCCUGAAGAGGCCAAUCGAUGCUUGGAGAUCGUUGCUCGACGGGGCAAUCCGAGAGAAGUCGUUGUUCGCGUUGCCGAAGAACUAGAGAAGUUGAGUGAUCCAGUCCAGGCCUCUGACAAUGAGGACGACUUCGAAGAGAGAUAUGGCCAAGACGAGCUACCGACGUUCCCGGGUGAAGCACCUCGAGUGCACCUUGGACAGAUGACCCUACAGGGCAUGCCUGCCGCUGUUCCUGCUGAUAAAGCCAGCGGCGAGUCGAGCGCUGUCCAUGAAACAGUGUCGGUCAAGGCAUUGCAGCUGCAAGCACUCUUCAAUAUGUUGGGCAUUCUCCACCCUAGGAUCAAAACACAGUACCCUAGUCGCUUCCUUGCCACGUCUCUGCCGGCCGCCCUGGGUGCUUAUCGGCAGGUUCCCAUCUCAACCGUGACUACUUUCUCAUUUUUGACCAUGCUGGAGAAGAUAUCUGGCAAGAAACGGCCACCUUUGCCGCCUCGCACCAGCACCCAAGGUGAGGGCCCGUCGUCGAGCACACUUCCACAGGAUGUGCCUGCGACCGCAGCACCUUUGCCAGAUCCCGAGGCUAGGGCUGAAGAGGAAGAUACCGGGGUCAGUGAGCCUUCGCAGGGUGAAAAGGCCAUCAUUUUUCGACUACUUGACGCCGUGCUACUCGAAGUUCUAGAUGAAUACAUGUCCUCGCUUGCAGCUCAUGACCAUCCCUCCAUGUCGUGGACCGCUCGUCUACGGGAGUAUCGCGAGCCCAAAAGAGUCGUCCCUGGUAGACUGACAGAGAUUGAGGUCUGGGAGCAAACGCCAGAAUUGAAGGAACGCGACGCCCUUUUGGCGCGGUUCCUCUCAAUCAGCAAACAGAUGCAACUCGACCCAAACCAAGAGAUUACAAAACUAGUCUAUGAAGACGAGGACGAAGAUGUUGGGAACCCCUACCAUGAUAAGGAUAAUGCACCUUCGGAAUACCCGACCACGCCAUCUCAAAUUCCCUUCCCUCGAGCCGGUGUCAUCUUCCUCCAUGCUUACCAAUCCUAUAUGACUCCGUCUGAGGCAGAGGUGCUGCUCACCACCUCUGAGCUGACAAAACUCAUCGCUCACUCAUUUCCCCUCAGCGCAACCCCGUCAAUACCCCUGCCACCGCUACAGGAUUCGCUUCUCUCUCUUCUGUACAAAAGAUCUCUAGCAGUCUCUUCUGCGCCAACAACACCACAGCCCUCUCCGGCCAAAUUCCUCCUUUUGAUAAGCACAUUGACGCAACUCUUUACCAUCACACCUUACCCUUCUCUCCGUGACUCGGCACACUACAUCGCCACAAGACUGCUACACGCGUAUCCCGACCCGACCGUGCGCUUACAGGUCAUUGCGCAAACGCUUCGAGGAGACACGCUCAGCACUAACUGGGCGGAAAUCGAGGAUGACUUGGAGGCGACCGAACCUCCAGCUCCAGGGAUCGAUGAAGAGACGGGGCUUACAAGAAGCACUUCAGCUUUGCAGCCGCAUCCGAUCCCCCUCGCUCCUCCGCAGCAACUCGGGUCAUUGAAGGCUGUAGGGGUGGACUGGCUGAAGGAGGAAUUUUCACAAUGGAUUAGGGCAAGAACGCAAGGCCUGGCUGAAGAGGGGGCCCCAGUGGUCGGUGCUUUGGAUCCUGCGGCAGUCCUUAUGACCCCGGAAGACGCGACCUCGGAGGCAGAGGCGACUGAAGAUAGGGACGACAUAACAGCUGCGUUGGUCGAUCUCCUCUUCCCGCCGGAUAUAGCCACGUUCACUGUCUCCUCCACCUCCUCCACGACAGCAUCAACUUCUGCGACUUUGCCCGAAGAACCAUCCCCUGAUAAAUUGUCAGAAUUUCUUCUCUCAAUGCCCUUCUACAUCUCGACCCUCAAUCUCAUCUGCAUUGUGCUUCCACAUUUACCUUUAUCUCAGCACCCAACCUCGAUGCUCAAAGCUCGGAUUUCUGCUCAUCUGUCAUCCUUGAACAAGGCGCUGGAUUUUGUAGUUGAGUUGCUGGAGCACGCUCAGACAUCGGCUUCAACCACUGCCUCUGGAGAAGGAGGAAUGCGAGGAGGUGCUGGCGACGAGCAAGAGGGAUUCCUAGAAGAAUCGCGUGCUGAUAUAUUCGCGUUGCAAGAUGCCUGUGCCAGGGCCACCGGGGUGUGGGAGAAGGUGAAUCAUGGAUGA